AUGCCACACAGGGACACCAUCACGUACAAUGCCAUGAUGAUGGGCUGCUCCAGGGAGGGGCUGCACGGGGAGGCACUAGAGCUAUUUGCUGCUAUGCGACGUGAGGGCGUUGACACCAGCCACUUCACGUUCUCAAGUUUGCUAACCGUAGGGACAGGUAUGGUUGAUCUCCACCUUGGGUGUCAGAUCCAUGGUCUCUUUGUCAGGGCCAACCCAUCACGUAAUGUCUUUGUCAACAAUGCAUUGCUUGAUUUCUACUCGAAAUGUGACUCCCUUGGUGAUCUGAAGCAGUUGUUUGAUGAGAUGCCAGAGCGGGACAAUGCUUCAUAUAAUGUGAUGAUAUCUGCCUGUUCUUGGAACCGAUGUGGUGGCAUGGCUUUGCAGUUGUUCAGGGAUAUGCAGACACUCGGCUUUGACGGCAGGCCUUACCAUAUGCUAGCUUGCUCAGUGUAG